AUGACAGCUUCAAACAAGCGAGAAGCGAGUGGGGAACACAGUCGUCCACAUAAAGUGAUCAAGAAAAAUCCCCUGCAGAUUCGUCCUUCCAGUCCAGCCUCCUUGGGCGACAUCUCUUUCUGGUGCACAUCUGUUGAUCCUUGGGAACACUAUCGGCGCGAGACAACGCUUCCAUCGGGGUAUCACCUUGCAUUUCUGAAGAAGUAUCCCUACACGGCUGUUCUUGUCCGCCAACUCAACAUGGCAGCCGCUCAGGCCACUGCUCUGAGAUCAGUCUUGCAUCGGAACAUCGUUCGAUUGUCCCGCGUCUACUUAGAAAAUGAUUCUGUCACGUUGAUUUAUGAUAUCACCGUUGCCUCCUUGAAGGACAUUUUAAGCUUUCGGCCAAAUUGGACUGUCAUUGAAACUGCGGCGAUGUGCCAGGGCAUACUUUCGGGCUUGAGGUAUCUCCACGGGGUGCUCGGAAUUUCCCACGGGGACCUGCGUGUAGAAAACAUCUGCCUUGACCUGGACGGCACCGUUAAAAUUGCAAACAUUGGUGAUAGUUUGCUACGCGGGGGCCAAGACUAUAAUCAGGAUAUGUGCUCUCUUGCUGGUAUUAUCAAGCAACUUUGCCAGCCCACAGAACUUAGUCUCCCGACUCUGAGCGACUUUCUAAAGGGAGUUGAAAAAGGUGAACCACCAUCGAAAUUGCUCCAGCAUGAAUUUCUGAAAUUAUCUAACGGCGAUGAGCAACUACACCACUGCGUCUGGACGUGGCUUGCUACUAGGCUAUUUUUCCCUUAA